AUGGUUAUUCUCGGCUGGCUGAUCGUUCUUUCCCUUCUGUUCCUCUGUUUCUGGAAGAACCAACGUCCUGCAGGUUUUCCCCCUGGACCAUGGAGGCUGCCCCUGCUUGGGAAUCUGCUUCAGUUCAGUAAGAGGGACCCACUGAAGAUAUUGGAUCAGCUAAGAAAAAAAUAUGGUCCUGUCUUCAGUCUUUAUCUUGGAAGAACACCUGUGGUCUUCACUCAUGGGUUUUCUCCAGCAAAGGAGGUCCUUGUGAUGAAAGGCAUAGAAUUUGCUGGAAGGGCAGAUAUUCCUAUAAUAGACAUCAUCACUAACAAAAAAGGAAUUAGAAAAUCAUAUCAUCAGUGCAAGGACAACCGGCUUUACAACGAGGUGCCCUUGGUGAGACAUCUCCCCCUGCCUCACCAGACAAUACUAGUAACUGCAAAGGAAGUAGAUGUUUUUAUGAAAAAAGAGAUGGAAGAACACAGGGCAACCUUGACUCCAGGAGAUCCUCGAGAUUUCACCGAUGCGUAUUUAGAAGAAAUGCAGAAGAAAUGCUGGAAGGAAAUAGACACAGUUGUGGGAAACAAGGCAAUCUUGAAGUACGAAGACCGAGGAAAGUUGCCCUACACAAAUGCCGUCAUUCAUGAAAUCCAACGCAUUUCAAACGUUGUUCCUCUUGGACUACCUCACGCCGCCAUUAAAGAUGUGCAGCUUUUUGGAUAUAAAAUUCCAAAGGACACCAUGGUUUUUGUCAAUAUCCAGUCUGCCCAUCAUGAUGAAUCUCAGUGGAAGUUCCCCAAUGAGUUCAACCCCUCCAACUUCCUGAAUGAAGAGGGAGACUUUGUGAAGCCGGAAGCCUUUUUGGCAUUUUCAGCAGGGCCGCGAGUCUGCUUAGGGGAAAUCCUGGCUCGGAUGGAGCUCUUCCUCUUCUUCACCAGCAUUCUCAGGAACUUCCAGUUAUCGUGGUCAGAUAAAUAUCAGGCGCCAGAUUUUACACCACACUUUGAGGUUACACAAUCCCCAUCUCGCUUUAAGGUGUUGCUGAAAUGUCGCCAGCUCUAUGAAUAGGUGUAACUGAUUCAAGAUCAUCCCGU